UUGUCAAGCGAAUGCAGGACGCAGCUGGCCGAGAAACAGGACGCCUUUUGCCACUGUCUGCAGCACCAUUUCCAGAACAAGCUGUUAAACGACUUCCAGAAGUGCACCGGAGCCAACGAAGUGACCCUGGUAACUCCGGUGAUGUGCGAAAUCUUGUCCGACGAGGCGGCAUGCCGAAAAAGCUUCCUUGAAACAAAAUUGAACAUAUUUGACUUUGAGUCCGAUCCGAACAUCGGCCUGACGAAACGUCGAAGGAGAAAUGCGACAGUAAAGAAAAAUCAUGACGCGAUUAAGAUUCGUUUUCAUCACAAAAAUUAA